AUGCUAAUCCUCCGCGUAACACAAGACAUGCCCGCCAACACCGAAAUCACGCUGGCCUACAAGGACCCCAUCCCCGAGUUCGACGAGGAAAGAACCCGCUUCCGCAGCUGGAACUUCUUCCUCCGCCAUCAGAGGCAAAAACGCGAGGCCAUCGCCGCCAGCCUCGAGCAGACAUACGCCAGACCACCCACCUUCGUCCCCCGCGUCGCCCUCUUCGACAUCUACCUCGACCUAGCCCACGGCUACAUGCGCAAACAGCAACCCGAGAAAGCUGUCGCCGCCGCACUAAAGACCUUUGAAUCACUGGGCUUCGUAAUCGAGGGUGGUGAAUUGCCUCACGUCCCCAGUACGCAGUUGGUUGUGAAACGCUGGGGGAUGUUCCAUAGUCGGCCGAGUGCUGGACUGUGCUUGCUUGUGCGUAUAGUGUGCUCGAGCCGAAGAUUUGCCAGAAGGCGGAGCAGUAUGCGAGCGUUGCGUAUCAAACGGCUGUGGGGGAGGAUGAGACGUUUGAGGAGACGCCGUAUCAUGCUAUAA